AUGAGUACCAUCGUCACCCUCCACUACAACCCGGCCCGGUAUCGACAAGCGACCCAAACGCGGCCACAGACGACAUAUCCCGCUCCCAACGAAGCCGCAGAAAAGUCGGUGAGCGAGGCGCUUGAGCGGAUGAGAAACUACCAGCCCCAAUUCACCCGCUCCAACGGCAAUGUAGGGCUAGAAUACGACACGCUGGCCGACGACCAGUGGAUGCAGGAUAACCAUACCGUGUGUGAUCGACUCAGCUUCCUAAGGGAAACGUAUAAGGCGAUCCAGCUGAUCAAACGGAAGGGGUAUAAAGAGGCCCAUCUUGCUGCCGCUACUAGCGUCGAGCCCGUAAGCCGCCGACCUACGCCCACCCCUGAGUUUAUGUCGCGAGUAAAGGAUGACGGAGUGCCUACAGAACUGAGUGAAUAA